AUGUUUUCUCGGACGUCUACGUCUUUACUAAUCAAAUUGACAAAGGACGACUGUCAAGCUUUGGCGUUGGUGCAGGAUGCUAUGCGUUUUUUGUUGCGACAUUACCACACUUUGUCGCACUGGCCGCUACAAAUCUACAGCUCUGCCAUCAUUUUCAGUCCUGAGUCAAGUCUUGUGAAAGGCGGAAACCUUCACAAAAUUCCUGUAUGGCUGAGAAGAGCUCCUCCCAUGGAGGACAGUUGGACGCCUCUGAUACAGGCACUAGCAGGCCAUUUGGAAACUGUCAGGAUCAUUACCUUUUCACCUGACGGCAAGCAGAUAGCAUCAGGCUCUGGGGAUGGCAUAAUUAAGCUCUGGGAUACUGUCACAGGUAGCCUCCAGCAAACACUUUCAGGUCACUCAGAGGAGAUCACAGCUAUGACUUUCCUCCCAGAUAGCAAGCUGAUUAUGUCAUGCUCUUGGCCGGGCGCUGUUAUGCUAUGGGAUACCACCACAGGCGACCGUCAGCGCUGUGUCUACUUGCAGUCAACAGAAGAGCGCGAUCCUUUGCCCCCUAGCGCCCGCGCCCUGGAUAUCUCGGCGGAUUGCAGGCAGAUCGCAGCAACCGGUCGGUAUCAUGAUGAAGAAUUUAUCAUCCUUUUUGACGCGGCUACUGGAGACCUCCAAAAGAUCUUUGCAGACCAUCCAGACACACCCUUAGCUCUGGCCUUCUCACCAGACAGCAUGCAGCUUGUAUCAAGCUCCAUUGAGGGCACAGUCUGUCUCUGGGAUACUACCACGGGUGACCUUCAGAAAACACUAGUCGGCCACAGAGACAGGGUGUGGACUGUGGCCUUUUCACCAGAUGGCAAGCAAAUCAUAUCAGCCUCUUAUAACACUAUCAAUCUUUGGAAUGCUGCAACAGGCGAUCUUCAGAAGAGACUGGCAUACCCUGACGCCUGGACCGCGGCCUUCUCACCCGAUAGUAAACAGAUCGCAGCAUGCUUUACCGAUUGCAUGAUCUUCUGGGAUGCUGCAGGCAAUCUUCAGAAGACGCUAGCAUGCCAGGCGGACCGCGUUACGUGCAUGGCCUUUUCACCAAAUGGCAAGCAGAUUAUUACAGGCUCUACUGAUAACACUAUCAGGCGCUGGGAUACCACCAUAGGUGCCACUCAGAAUGUUGUGGGCCACUCAGGGAGGGUUGUAGGAGUGGCAUUCUCACCAGACGGCAAGGUGAUUGUGUCAGGCUCUGCUGACCACACCAUCAAGCUUUGGGAUGCUGCCACGGGCGAUCUCCAGCAAACACUAGCAGGCCAUUAUAACGCAGUAUUUGCUGUGCUCUUUUCACCAGACAACAGGCAGAUCGCCUCGGGGUCCGGCGAUGCAAUCAACCUCCAGGAUGCUGCCACAGGUGACCUGCAGAACUCACUUGAGAGCGACGAUGAUUUCAACGCUGUCACCUUCUCACCGGACAGCAAGCUGAUUGCGACAGGCCAUAAGAGCGGCAAGAUUCGUCUCUGGGAUCCUACCACAGGUGACAUUAAGAAGACACUGGCAGGCCACAUAAACAAAGUUGGGUCCCUGACGGGGUUGGACUUUAUGUUCGAUACCGAAGUCACCACUUUGAUCUUCUCACCUGACGGCAAGCUCAUUGCAUCAGCCUCCGAGGAUAGAAAAAUCAAGCUUUGGGAUGCCAACACGGGAGACCUCCAGAAGACACUAGACUGCGGUUUCGAGAGCAUCGUUACUGCGGUCUCGGUGGCCCUUAUAACAGGGGUUCAUGCAAACACCACAAUCAUCUCAGUGGCCUUUUCAUCAGACAGCCAGCAGAUCGCAGCAGUUUGUGAUGAUCAGACCAUCAAGGUCUGGAACAUCAAAAAACUGCUCAAAGCCUCAAAACUUCUGGGACGCGCUGUCGCUAGUCAUAUCAAGUCGACUCGGCCAUGGAAGGAGAUUAAGACGUUAGAGCAGGUGUAUGACGUGAAAUUCGCAGCAGGCAACCGCUACCUUGAAACUGCCAUUGGACCAAUAUCACUUGAGAGCACCGCAUCGGAGGAAGGGGAGGAGGAGGAGGAACUGCAAGUGAGGUCGGAUCCGGAUUUAUUACAGAACCUCUAUGUCAGAGGAGAGUGGAUAUACUAUGGGACCAUGCCCUUCCUUCGGCUGUUGCCUGAUUUCCAGGCUUGUCCCUGUGAUGUGCUCGGCGAUCAAGUAGUUGUUGGAUCCAGAACUGGUGUAGUUGCUAACUUCGACGUUGAUCGACGGAUUUUACAUCAAUACUGGAAACACUUCAGCAAUGAAGGCAAUCGCCCAACAGCGGGUUAG